CGCGGCGCGACGUGCGGCAGUGCACGUUUCAACGGCGGCCGUGUGACGAUCGAUGCCCGCGAGACUCGAAAUCGGUCGGCGCUCGCCGCCGGCUCGUGAUACCGCAGCGCGCGCUGCGACGAGACCAACGGCUUCGGCUCGAAGGUCGAGUUCUCACGCCGGCGAGGCGAUCCGCCGUGUCGCGCGCAUUUGCUCGCUCACGCGUCUGUCUUUUUUCUCGCCGCCCCGCCGCCGCCGCCGCCGUCGCCGUCGCCGCCGCCGGCAGACGCGCGGGCGAAAGGUGGGCGCCGCGCGAGCGUGUUGACGCGACGCGGCCGGGACGACAGUCCGUCCGUCCGCAUUCGUAAACAUCGCUGCUUUACGCUGCGGUCGACCGUAGCUUACGUGCCGUCGACGACAGUUGAUGCUGUGCGCGAGUGAGUGUGUGUGCUCCGUCGUCGUCAGUCAGUGCGCGAAGGACGCGGGAGAAACUGGCAGAGAAAGAGAGAUUGCCAAUGAAUCGGCGCGAGAAGCGCGGAGCGUAACGCGCCGCUUCUUUCUCCGCUCCGCUGCAACUCCCGUGAACACGUGACGCGUGUGAUCGCUGGGCAAGAGGACUCUCGUGAAAGAGGAAGAGCAAGAAAGGAUCGUCGUGGGCACAUCAUCGUGUCCGCAGAAUCCGGUAGCGCGACGUCGAUGAGCAGUCCACAACUGACCGGGUGCUUCCGCAACCAUAGCGUCGUGCUCGCCGUAGGAGUCGCCAGAACGCAAGUCGCUGCGAGAUGCACGGGAUAAGCCACCUGCUGUCUCACCAUGGGUCCGAUAACGCCGACACCAGGAGCUCCAUCUCCUCUGCGUCGUCGGACACCCGCAACCACGACACUCGCAGCCACGACACCCGGAUACUGCAGGAGCUGCUGAGUCAAAAGCACGACGGCAAGCUCUACCUACACGAGCGGCACGUAUCUCGCGGCUCGGUCAGCUCGGCCUACUCCUACGGCUCGUCGUCGUACGGCUCGUCGCACGGCUCCAACUCGUCGAACCACGGCGCUUACCACUCCGUGUACCACACGAUCCACGGUAACGGCCAUCAUCAUCAUCACGCGCCCCUGCACCAUCAUCAUCACCAGCAGCUGCAGCAUCAUCAGGCGCUGAGCAACAGCAGCGGCAAAGCGUCACCAACGUCGUCCAGCCCGACCAACGAGCACGAGAAGCAGCACCAACACCAUCAUCAUCAUCAUCAUCAUCAUCACAGCAUACAGGAGAUGAUACGGCACUUCGGCAGGAGGUUGGGACAUAUCAGACGGCAGAGCGAGUGCCAGGAGAGCCCGAAGAAGCGCGAGGAGGACUUUAGGAAUCGCAGCCAGAGCCUCGACGGCAGCGCCAGACCCCCUGCGGAUCUGCAGGAGGCCGACUGCGAGACCACCUACAGGAUUUACGAGAGCAUACUCAGGCAAGGUAACGACGAGGGGCGUGCGUGGGUUUCUCGACGAACGCCAGCGAGGGCACCUGUCGCGCGCUCGGUAGCGACAUAUGUUUCUCACGGAUGUGUACGACGGGGUUAUAUUAAACGAUGCGGAUGAUUCUCUUCUGGAUUCUCUAAAGGCUGCGCCCUUAACUUGAUUGCUUUCGGAUAUCCCUCUGCCGACACGCCAAUGUUUAUAUUUAUACACGUACUGUAAACAUUAAAUGUGAAUCUACGAUAUGAGGAACUGGUUGUGUUUCAGCUCUCCAUCCACAUCUCUGCAUCCAUGAUUUUGGACUCUGUGUGUUAAUUAACUUUCGGCCGCUUCAGCCGAUACGUCUCUCAAUAAUAGUGCGCUCUCCUUCCCUCUCUUUCUUUUUCUCUUUCUCUCUGCCUCUUUUGGCCAAGUAUGUCGUUUAGAUUUUUUGGCCGCACCUCGUUAACGCUCCCCUCCCCCUCCCCUUUUCUUUUUCUAUUCCGU